ACACAACAUGCGCACAGAAUGACGUGCCUGGGGUAUGAUGCUUGAUUUCCAAGCAGCCUUACCGAAGUGCUUACGCUGGAUGCCUUUCCAUCUUCUGGCGAGUAUCUAAGGCGUUCUCCCUCGCGAGGGAACAGCACAACGCAGUCACCGUCACUGGGCCACUGACUCACCAUGACCCAAGACGAACAACAGCCCCUUCUGGGCAUCCCCAGCGCCACCCCGGUGUUUCCAGAUGAGGUGCCCGACGCCGAGGCAGCAACCCGACCGCCAGCCCACGAGGCAAAAACCCUCACCUGGACGAGCGCCUAUAUUCUGGUCGUGUCGCGAGUCAUUGGCAGUGGCAUUUUCGCAACCCCCGGCUCGAUAGUCAAAUCCGCCGGUAGUGUUGGGCUGUCGCUGUUGAUCUGGGGCGUGGGCACCGUACUGGCCGCCUGCGGACUGGCUGUCUCGCUGGAAUAUGGAUGCAUGUUGCCUCGCUCGGGUGGCGACAAGGUGUACCUGGAAUACACUUAUCCACGACCGCGAUUCCUCGCAUCGACGUUGAUCGCCGUGCAGGCGGUGGUGCUGGGAUUCACAGCCAGCAACUGCAUCGUCUUCGCCAAGUACACUUUCUUCGCCUUCGACAUCCAGCCCACCGAGUUGCAGCACAAAAUCCUCGCGCUAGGCCUGAUCACCUUCGUCACGGGCAUGCAUGGCUUUUUUCUGCGAACGGGAAUCUGGGUACAAAACGUGCUGGGAUGGCUGAAGAUCUUUCUGGUCGGAGCUAUCUCACUCACCGGCAUCUGGGUUAUUCUGGCCCGGCCCCCGAGUGAAACGGAUGCUUCAUUUGGCGGUUCGCGAGGGGGUGUCUUCUCGUGGGACUCCCUCUGGGAAGGCUCCAACUGGAGCUGGAACCUACUGUCCACGUCGCUUUUUAAGGUCAUCUAUUCCUACGCCGGCCUAAGCAACCUGAACAACGUCAUGAACGAGGUGCGAAACCCAGUACGUACGUUGAAAACUGUGUGUCCUGCGGCGCUUAUGACCGCCGGUGCGCUGUACUUCCUGGCGAAUAUAUCCUACUUUCUGGUGAUUCCGAUCGACGAGAUCAAGAACAGUGGUGAACUCGUGGCCGCGCUGUUGUUUGAGCGUCUUUUUGGCAACCAGAUCGGCCAGACAUUGCUUCCAUUAGCAAUUGCCAUCUCUGCAGCAGGAAAUGUCAUGGUGGUCACUUUUGCACUGGCGCGUGUCAACCAGGAAAUUGCCCGCCAAGGCUUCCUCCCUUGGUCCAAGGUCUUGUCGUCGUCUCGACCGUUCGGGGCCCCUUUGGGUGGACUGCUCGUGCACUACGUUCCCUCAGUCUUGGUGAUUGCGCUGCCACCGCAGGGCGACGUCUACAAUUUCAUCCUCGAUGUCGAGGGGUACCCGGGUCAGUUCUUCAGUCUGGCCGUAACUCUGGGCUUGCUGCUCCUGCGAUAUAAAGAGCCCGAUUUGCCUCGUCCGUUCAAAGCGUGGCUGCCAGCCGUGUGGUUGCGGGUGCUCAUCUCCCUGGUCCUGUUGUCGUCGCCCUUCUUCCAUCCAGAGGGCGGAAAGGGUGAUGUAGGCUUCUUCUACGCGACGUAUGCGAUUGUUGGGACGGGCGUAAACAGAGUUGUCUUUGGCGUUGUAUACUGGUACGUAUGGACGGUGCUCCUCCCGCGUUGGGGAGGAUACCACCUGGAGGAAGAGAAGGCAGUCACAGAGGAUGGAGUAGCGCAUAACAAGCUAGUUCGCGUAUAUGAGUAG